AUGCAAGUUGCCGGUGUGUUGCCGGAUUUCUCGGCGAUUCCGACGUCGGCCGGUGGGUGCCGCUCGCAGGAACUGAAGCAUUUCGCCUCGUUCUUCGAUGGCAAGCAACACUUCCUCUCUCCAGGAUUACCUAAAAAUUGCUUAUUGCCACCAAACCAUAAGUUAGUGGUUGGGUCAGAGAAGCUGAGAACAAGAAGUUUUAUGGUGAGAGCCUCUGGAAAUUAUAGUGGUGAUUUUAUUACAGUACCUCCUUUGAAGCUGGAGUCCUCAGUUGGUGAGCUUUUGGCUCAAAUUCAGCAAACCCAUCCACAUCUACUCUUGGCAUCUGCCGAACAGCAGCUCGAGAAUCUCCAGAGCCAGAGGGAUGACCAAAAGGAGACAAAUGCAUUACCAGCCCAAGAUCUCCUCCUCUAUGAGAGAAUAGCCAAAGUGAAAGAGAAAGAACGUCGCAAAACGCUCCAGGACAUCAUGUAUUGCCUGAUCGUACAGAGAUUCCUCGAGAACCGAAUAUCCAUGAUCCCCAAAAUAACCAUAACCUCCUCCGACCCUUCCGGAAGGAUCGACCUCUGGCCGAAUCAAGAACAGCAGCUCGAAUCCGUGCACUCGCCCGAGGCAUUCGAGAUGAUAACGAGCCACCUGGCGAUCGUGCUCGGCGAGCAAGCCAUGGGCCCCUUGGACACAAUCAUCCAGAUCAGCAAAAUCAAACUCGGAAAACUGUACGCAGCCUCAAUCAUGUACGGCUACUUCCUCAGGCGGGUUGACGAGAGGUACCAGCUCGAGCGAUCCAUGGGCACACUUCCCGAGGGCUUUGGCGAAGAAGAACAGCAGGCCCUCAGUCUCGACGAGCCUGUGUCCGAAAAGCAGCUGUGGGACCCGGAUUCUUUAAUACGGAUCUACCCGGACGAUGGUGGUGGUGAUGACGUGGCGGGCAUAAUGGAUGAAGAAAAAAAAUCGUACAAGCUGAGGUCGUACGUGAUGUACUUGGAUGGAGAGACGCUGCAAAGGUACGCGACUAUGAGGUCAGGGGAAGCGGUGUCUUUAAUCGAGAAGCAGACACAGGCAUUGUUCGGGAGGCCCGAUAUUAAGGUGACUGAGGACGGGUCUCUGGAUGCUUCUAAUGACGAGGCAGUCUCGCUAACGUUUUCGGGGCUCACGAUGCUUGUGCUUGAGGCGGUUGCGUUCGGAUCGUUCUUGUGGGACACGGAGAAUUUCGUGGAGUCUAAAUAUCCGUUUAUUAACAGCUAA